CUGUUAUGAGCAUUAGCCAGCUGUAGCAGAGAGGAUCACAGCGGCUUUAAAAUGUUAUACAGCUCUCCUUUUCUAUCCGCGUGGACCGCAAGACAGGAAAUACACACCAUCUAAUAUGGACCCUCGCUGAGCACCUGUUCUGAUUGAUUUAGCAAGUAAUUUUCCUGAAAAAGGGCAAGCACUUGAAUGAAUUGGAUCUAAUGGGGACUGGGACAAUGAAAGUACUUUUACUGUCGUUGCGUAGAAUAAACAUCCAGUAAUCGUCAGUAAUUUCCAUUUUAAUAUGUGAAUAAAGCAGCAAAAUAGUAAUGGUUUAUUUUUAAUUAAUGUUAAAUUAGUGGCCAGUGAUUGCAUUGAGUGGAUUUAAUUCUAAAGGACAGCAACAUCAGCCAAACAUGGAUGAAGUGAUUAUGGAUCAGGUCAUGUAUGCUGUUCAUCAAGUGGUGUCAUGGGUCGCAUCUGUUGCCAUUAUUUUUGGAGGAAUAGUGCCAUACAUCCCUCAGUACAGGGACAUACGAAGGACCCAAAAUGCUGAGGGAUUCUCCACUUAUGUGUGCCUGGUUCUGCUGGUGGCCAAUAUAUUAAGAAUACUUUUUAGGUUUGGACGUUACUUUGAGACUCCUCUACUAUGGCAGAGUAUAAUCAUGAUCGUCACAAUGUUAAUCAUGCUGAAUCUGUGCACCAGCGUCCGCAUGGCCACUGAACUCAACACCAAACGGCGGUCAUUUACAGCAACAGACAGUAAGGACGAAGAAAUCAAAGUUCCUAAGAGGCUCUUUCUAGACUUUGACUGGAAUUACUUCUGGUCUUGGAGUCGUUUUGUGGAUUACCUGCAGUGUGUACUGGCAUUCACGGUGCUGGCCGCCUACGUGACGUAUCUGCUGCUGGACUCUGUUCUGUUCGUAGAGAGCCUGGGUUUCCUGGCUGUAUUUACUGAGGCCAUGCUGGGAACACCACAACUCUACUGCAACUACCAGAACAAAUCUACUGAAGGCAUGAGUAUCAAGAUGGUGUUGAUGUGGACCAGUGGAGACACUUUCAAGACAGUCUACUUCCUGUUGACUCAGGCUCCAAUGCAGUUCUGGAUCUGUGGCCUCCUUCAGGUGUGCGUGGACUUUGCCAUUCUCUUUCAAGUGUACUAUUACAGCUACUACCCACAAAAACCCAUCUCACACACCACACACACCACCAGCGCCAAGGCCCUAUGAAACAAACACACUUAUGUAUAUCUAGGAAUGUGCUCAAAUUUAUUUUAAAAUGUAUAUGUGUACCCAAAACAUAUCAGGAUACUUAAGUCAGACUUGAAUAUGCCUGAAUGUCGUAGCACUAAAUACAAAACAUUACACCAGUAUGCUAAAACAAUAUUUUAUUUAGUUCUGUUACUUUUUAAAUGGUACAUUUUGUAUUUAGGAAAAUAACAUUCAUGUGUGGAGGCCUAUUUUCACCAAGAUAAGAAAAAUGUUGUAAAUUUUAGUUUUAAUUCUGACAUUUCCCCUGACAGUCCUUAAGUUUUAAGUUCAGUUUUUUUGAGAAGAUAUUUGUGACAUUUCUGAAUUUGUAUCUUGCAAAAACUGUCUUGUUUUUAAUUAUAAUUGCAAAAUACUUAGCAAAUGUUAUUUGGAGAUAUAAACUUGCUCAGUACUGUUAAUGGAUUUUGUCACAGUUUUGGUUAUUAUUCACAAUUAAUUUUUUUCUCUCAACAGAAUCAAAUUUUUUGUAUAUUUA